UUCCGCUUACUCGUGCGCCUGCAAGUCCGCAACAAUGGCGGGCGGGGCCAUGGUGGCGCCGGCCGCCGGCGGACGGCAGGACUACCCCGGCGGGCUCACCCUCUUCGUCUUCACGGCGUGCCUCAUUGCUGCCACCGGCGGACUCCUCUUCGGCUACGACAUCGGCGUCUCCGGCGGCGUCACGUCCAUGGACCCGUUCCUCGCCAGGUUCUUCCCGUCCGUGUACCUCAGGCAGCGGGAGGCGGCGGCGGACCGCGGCGGCAGCCAGUACUGCGUGUUCGACAGCCAGCUGCUGACAACGUUCACGUCCUCCAUCUUCCUCUCCGCGCUCGCCGCGUCGCUGCUCGCCGCGACCUUCACCCGCGCCGCGGGCCGCAAGUGGUCCAUGUUCUGCGGCGGGGCCACCUUCCUCGCCGGCAGCGCCCUCAACGGCGCCGCGAACGGCGUCCUCAUGCUCAUCCUGGGCCGCGUCCUCCUGGGCGUCGGCGUCGGCUUCGCCAGCCAGACCGCGCCGCUGUACCUGUCGGAGAUGGCGCCCGCCAGGAUGCGCGGGAUGCUCAACAACGGCUUCAACCUCAUGAUCACCGUCGGCAUCCUGCUCGCCACGCUCGUCAACUACGGCACGCAGAAGAUUGCCGGCGGCUGGGGCUGGCGCCUCAGCCUCGCGCUCGCGGCCGUCCCCGCCGCCGUCAUCGCCGUCGGCUCCUUCUUCCUCUACGACACGCCCAACUCCCUCCUGGAGCGCGGCCGGCCCGAGGAGGCGAAGCGGAUGCUCCGCCGGGUGCGCGACGUCGAGGACGUCGACGACGAGUACAACGACCUCGCGGCGGCCAGCGCGGCGUCCAAGGCGGUGACGCGCCCGUGGCGGGACAUCCUGCGGCGCCGGUACCGCCCGCAGCUGGUGAUGGCGGUGGCCAUCCCGAUGUGCCAGCAGCUCACGGGCAUCGUGCUCCAGACCUACGCGCCGGUUCUGUUCAAGACGGCGGGCUUCGGCGGCAGCGCGUCGCUCAUGUCCGCGGUGAUCACCGGCCUCGUCAACCUCCUGGCGACCUUCGUGUCGGUGCUCACCGUGGACCGGAUCGGGCGGUGCGCGCUGCUCCUGCUGGGCGGGCUGCAGAUGCUGAUCAGCAUGGUGGUCAUGGGCGCCCUGAUGGGCGCCACGCUCGGGUUCCGCGGCACCGUGGCGAUGCCGGCGGCGUGCGCGACGGCCACGGUGGUGGUGAUGUGCGUGUACAUCGCGGGGUUCUCGUGGUCGUGGGGCCCGCUGGGCUGGCUGGUGCCGAGCGAGGUGAUGCCGCUGGAGGUGCGGCCCGCGGGGCAGAGUAUCACGGUGGCGGGGAACAUGCUCAUGAACUUCGUGGUGGCGCAGGCGUUCCUGCCCCUCUUCUGCUGCCUCAAGUUCGGGCUCUUCUUCGUCUUCGCCGGCCUGCUAGCCGCCAUGACGCUCUUCGUCGCGCUGUUCCUGCCGGAGACCAAGGGGGUGCCCAUCGAGGACAUGGCCGCCGUCUGGAAGGCGCAUUGGUACUGGAAACGCUUUGCCACCGACGGUGAGGACGGUGGCCUUGUCGUCGACACCGAGAGUGGUCACUGGUGAAAUCAAGGUAGUGCUCUUGCUUCACAAAUGAGGAACGUUAUGGUUGGUGAUGCAAAGAGCCGGAGUCCGGAGAGCACCGGCUCUUGAUGGCUAUUUAUUUGGUCAUCAGAGCAAAGCAAAGCUGCUGGCACGCCAUUGAUGGGCGGAGACGGAGAGAUGUGAAACUUACAUAAGGGACAAAGGAUGAGGAAUACUGUUAAUGCACUUGAUUGUAACUAGUGAUCUGUGAUCGUGUUUCCGAGACAGGACAGUAGGAUAUUAGCUCUAGCGGCUAGCGUACCCCAAAUUGAUACAUUUUUCUCAAAAUUUAAUAAGUUGAAUUACCCAAAUUCAGAAGGUUGUUUUGUUUCUCACUUUAGGGUGUGUUUAGUUCGCGAAU